AUUUUGCGAACGGCGAGCAGCGGCGGCGGCGCGGAGAGGCGCAGCGGAGGUUUUCCUGGUUUCGGACCCCAGCGGCCGGAUGGUGAAAUCCUCCCUGCAGCGGAUCCUCAACAGCCACUGCUUCGCCAGAGAGAAGGAAGGGGAUAAACCCAGCGCCACCGUCCACGACACCCGCACCAUGCCGCUCCUCAGUCUGCACAGCCGCGGCGGCCGCAGCAGCGAGAGCCCCAGGCUCGCCGUCCGCUGCUGUAGUCACCCGGGUCCGGGGCCUCUGUGGUGCUCCUGAUGUCCCUCACCCACCCCUGAAGAUCCCAGGUGGGCGAGGGGAUGGUCAGCGGGAUCGCAGUCUUUCAGCCACUGUCCUCCACUCCGAUGAGCGGCUGACGGUGACGGAAGAGCCCACAUCCAGCGACAAGGCGCGAGUCCUGGUCCUCCAGUCACGGCUGUCGGAGGCCAAGCGCGUCACCUGGAGGGCGGUGUGGAGCGGUGGUGGCCUCUAUGUGGAGCUCCCGGGCGGCGCCCUUCCUGAGGGCAGCAAGGACAGCCUGGUGGCGCUGCUGGAGUUCGCCGAGGAGCAGCUCCAUGCCCAGCACGUCUUCAUCUGUUUCCACAAGAGCCGCGACGACAGAGCCGCCCUGCUCCGGACCUUCAGCUUUCUGGGCUUUGAGAUUGUGAGACCCGGGCAUCCCCUCGUCCCCCAGAGACCCGAUGCUUGCUUCAUGGUCUACACGCUGGAGAGGGAGAGCGAGGGCCAGGAGGACUAGAGGCCAUUAGUCACCGCCCGUCCCCUCUCCUGGGUUUGUCCGCAUGUCAUAGUUGUGCAAAUAAACGCUCACUCCAAAUUCGCGGUAUAUUUCCUGUUAGUUAAUGUUGUGUUUGAGAGACGGAAGUGUUGCUUUAAUUCUAAAUAAAGGUUUCUAUUUUACUUUUCUACCGCUGGUUUACGGUGGUUCAGGUGACUACCUAGAGGAGCCU